AGGAGCGCAGGAGGGAAAUCCAAGUGCCUUUCAAUGUUUUUGUGAAUUGCGAACUGUGAGGUCAAUUCCCGAGCAAGUUGCUUGCUGAAGCAACUGCCCCUCUAAAUUUGCGCCAACAGCGCAAUUAACUAGCUUCCUUUUUUCCCGUUUUUGCUCCAGGCGUGCAGCGACGAUGUCGGCCUCUGCACGCCUCACAAGCAGCCUCUGCCGAAGGGCCACGGCAGCCCCAGCUCCGGCACCAACAACACGGCUCCGGCUCCGGCUGCGGUCCCAAGGAGCCUGCGGCAUCCGAGCUCUGUCUUUGGCCGCUCCCAGUCGGUUACGGCGGCCCGAUGUGCGUCCGACAGCCAGCAGCGUGUUUCCCGCACGAACCGCCGUUCGGCGGUGCCUGUCCACAACCCCGCGCCGGCGCUACGCCGAUGUCGACGAUUCAUUCGAUCCCGCGAGCGUCGAGCGCGAAAGCGACGAGGUUGACGUAUGCAUCAUCGGCGGCGGCCCGGCCGGCCUCUCAGCCGCUAUCCGACUAAAACAACUGGCCAACGAGGCGGGCAAUGAGGACUUCCGGGUGCUGCUGCUCGAGAAGGCCGGCGAGCUCGGUGCGCAUAUCCUCUCGGGGGCGGUCAUCCAGCCGACCGCGAUCAACGAACUCAUCCCAGACUGGCUUGACGAGGCGAACGAGAACCGAUUCACUGGGGCGACACCCGCGGGCAAGGAUACCAUGCGCUUCCUAACCAAGAGCAUGUCGAUCCCGGUCCCAACGCCGCCGCAGAUGCACAACCACGGCAAUUACAUCCUCAGCCUGAACGAGUUCACGAAGUGGCUUGGCGAACGCGCCGAGGAAGUCGGCGUCGAGGUGUACCCCGGGUUCGCCGCCAGCGAGGUGCUUUUCAAGCCAGACGGGAGCGUCAAGGGGGUCGCCACCAACGACCUGGGAAUUGCGCGCAAUGGGAAGCCCAAGGACACGUUCGAGCGGGGCAUGGAGUUCCACGCGCGCGUGACGCUUUUCGGCGAAGGUUGCCACGGCAGCCUGAGCAAGCAGGUGAUCAAGAAGUUUGACCUGCGCCGCGAGAGCCAGCCGCAGACGUACGCGCUGGGCAUCAAGGAGGUGUGGGAGGUGCAGCCGGACAAGUUCAGGAAGGGCGAGAUCACGCACUCGAUGGGCUACCCGCUCCCCUACGACACGUACGGCGGCGCCUGGAUGUACCACUUUGGCGACAACCUCGUCAGCAUCGGCCUGGUCGUCGCGCUCGACUACCCCAACCCGUGGCUGUCGCCGUACGGCGAGUUCCAGAAGCUCAAGCAGCACCCGCUGUACCGCGACGUCCUCGAGGGCGGCAAAUGCAUCUCGUACGGCGCGCGCGCGCUCGUCGAAGGCGGCUUCCAGUCGCUCCCCAAGGUGGCCUUCCCCGGCGGCGCGCUGAUCGGCGACUCGGCCGGCUUCGUCAACGUGCCGAAGGUGAAGGGCACGCACAACGCCAUGAAGUCGGGCAUGCUCGCCGCCGAGGCGGCGUGGAACGCGCUCAAGGAGACCAACGACGGCGGCUCCGUCUUCCUGUACGAGUACGAGGACGCGCUCCGCAAGUCGGCCAUCUGGAAGGAGCUCAAGGAGGUGCGCAACAUGCGGCCGUCGUUCCACACGCCGCUCGGCGUCUACGGCGGCCUGCUCUACUCGGGCCUCGAGGCGUUCGUGCUCAAGGGCCGCGCGCCCUGGACGCUGCGCCACAAGGUGCCCGACCACGCGGCCACCAAGAGGGCGGACGAGUGCCCCCGCAUCGAGUACCCCAAGCCGGACGGCAAGAUCACGUUCGACAUCCUGACCAGCGUCUCGCGCACCGGCACCAACCACGAGGAGGACCAGCCCGUGCACCUGCAGGUCAAGGACUGGGACCGGCACACGGCCGAGACCUGGCCGGCCUUCAAGGGGCUGGAGAACCGGUUCUGCCCUGCGGGCGUGUACGAGUACGUCGAGGACGCGUCCAAGCCCGAGGGCGUGAGGUUCCAGAUCAAUGCGCAGAACUGCAUCCACUGCAAGACGUGCGACAUCAAGGCGCCCAACCAGGACAUCAACUGGCAGGUGCCCCAGGGCGGCGAGGGCCCCAAGUACUACAUGACCUAGGCUGCAACUAUCUGCAGGCUGGUGGGGGGUCCCUUUUCUAUCCCGGGUCUGUCUGUCUGUCUGUCUGUCUGUCUGUAACAAACAACGCAAUUGGAUAGAUGGCAUAUCUUGAGUCAGGCCAGAUGGAGGCGGUGGCGCUUUUGCUGCUCUCCUGUUUCAGGUCUUCGGCUUCCAGCGAUAGACUGGUUGGCCGAGGGUCGUUCUGUCGGCGG